AUGAUGUCGGUGGAAGAAGAUUUCCCUCGAGGAGGAACGGCCAAAAAAACCUUUGAGAGUAAAGUAGCGGUGCAGCGGACAGAAGUGGACACUCUGUUCCAGUUAAAUGAACAGUCACGUCCCAAGAAGCGAAAGGGAGCAGCCAAAGAAGGCGGGAAGAAAGUCAAGAAGGAGAAGCCCGACAAAGAAACAGAAAGUCCUCUGAUGCUCAAUGCAGCACCCAAAUGUGUGGAAGUUCUUCAUCUUAAGUAUGUGAAGGAGGGGAUGCUGGUGCUGGGCUGUGUGAAGGAGGUUAUGGACUUUGUUGUGGUGGUCAGUCUUCCGAGUGGUCUGCAGGGUUACCUCAGCAUCAGGAACAUCGGUGACUCAUACACAGCGCUGCUCAGUGAGCAGUUGGAGGUGGAUGACUUGGAGGAGAUUUGCACUUUGCCACAACUUUUCUUCCCGGGCAUGGUGUUGCGAUGUGUGGUGGACCAGUUGAGAGUUUGCCAUGGAGGCUCUGUUGGCAUCCAGCUAUCAAUCAAUCCGAAGGAUGUGAACAAGGCUCUCACGGCAGUUUCCCUGAAGGCUGGCAUGGUGUUGAGUGGGUGUGUGGCGAGUGUGGAGGAUCACGUCUACAUCAUCGAUAUUGGCGUCAGCGGAACAAAAGGCCUCCUGCCAAAGAAAAUGGCUCAAGACAAACACAACAAUCUUGAAGAGCUGAAAGUGGGUCAGUAUGUGACUCCGCGAGUGGAAGAGGUAAAGAAUGAUGGACGUGUGGUUCGUCUCUCUCACAUUUACCAAACUAUCAGCCAGGCCUACAGCGAGUCUCAGCACGGCUGGAACGUUGGCAACCUGCUGCCCGGGCUUCUGGUCAAAGCCACGAUCAAAAAGGUGACCAAACAUGGUCUGCUUCUGAAGUUCAUGUCUGACUUUAGUGGCCACGUGGACUUUCUCCACAUGGAGCCAGAGCAUGUGUCCAGCUAUACUGAGGGAGAUGAGGUCCAAGCGUCUGUGCUGUAUGUGGAGCCAUCGACCCGUCAAGUGGGCUUGAGUCUGCGCAGCUUCCUCGUUCACCCUGAAAACGGGAUUAAUACCACGCCACCUGGUGGUGAUCGCAUUGGUGAGGUGGUUAAUGGCUGCAAGAUGGUGACUCUGCACCAGAGGUCUGGAGCCGUGUUGGAGCUGCCUGACAGCAAUGUGGCUUUUGUGCAUAAAAAUCACUUGAAGGAAUCUGCGGAGUCGACUGCUGACUGUAAAGUCCUGACUCUUCCAGAACACACCUGCAGGAUCUUAGAUUUUAGCCUCAUGGACCAAAUUCAUUUCGUCACUCUGCGCAAGAGUGUGAUUGAGAAGCCUUUUUACAGAUACCACGAUCUUCAGGCUGGUGAAGUUGUGGAGGGGACAGUAUCAGUCCUGUUGCAUCAUGGAAUGAUGGUGCAGCUGUCAGACCACAUCAGAGGUCUGGUACCCAGGAACCACCUGUGUGACGUCACCCUUAAGAACCCGGAGAUGAAGUACAAGGAGGGCAAGAAAGUCAAAUGUCGGGUGUUGUCAGUAGAAGCGGAUAAGAAGCGGUUGUAUCUGACCAGAAAGAGCGCCAUGAUUGAGUCGUCGCUGCCGUUGUUCUUAAGUUACAAAGAUGCACGUCCUGGUCGCGUGUCUCACGGCUACAUUGUGUGUGUCAAAGACUUUGGUUGCAUUGUUCGUUUUUACAAUAACGUCAAGGGCCUGGUGCCUCUCAGAGAGCUCAGCUCAGAGAGGAUCCUCAAUCCAGAGGAGGUCUUUUGUGUCGGGCAGGUGUUGAAGACUAAAGUUAUUCACUGUGACCCAGAGAACGAGAAACUGGUGCUUUCAUUUAAAGCAUCACUGCAGAGUGACACCAUAGAACCUGCUCCGUCCCAGUCGAGCUGUGAGGUGGGGGAGAAGCUGGAAGCUACAGUGCUGAAAAAGUCUGCCAACAGUCUGGAGAUGGUCAUCACUCCUGGUGAAAUACGUGCUGUCUUACCCACAAUGCAUCUCUCUGAUCACAUGUCCAACUGCCGUUUGCUGUGGGAGAUCCUGCAAGAUGGAGACACUAUUUCAAACCUCACGUGCUUCAGCAAGACCAAACACAGUGUUAUUGUCACUAAAAAACCAACUGUGAGGUGGUCAUUUGAUGAAGGCCUGGUUGCUAAGGAAUUUGCUGACAUCACAGUUGGCCUGCAGUUGAUUGGCUGGAUCAAGAACAUCAUGUCUUAUGGUGUCUUUGUCGAGUUUCCCUAUGGCCUUGUUGGACUUGCACCCAAGUCCGCCAUGUCGGACAACUUUAUCAGCGAUACCACGAGCGCCUUCCAGGUGGGCCAGACUGUCAUCGCUAAGGUGACCAAUCUGGAUGAAGAGAAGCGGCGUUUUCUGGUCACACUGAAGAUGUCUGAGGUCAUGUUCUCAGAGGUGGACAACCAAAGAAGGCUGCUUAAUGGUGUGCAGGAGAGAAAGUCUGUGGCGGAAAUGCUGACAAUGAAAGAUGGCAGUGACCUCCGUCAGGAGUUAUCUGCUCUCUGUGUUGGCCAGAAGCUGAAGCUGACUGUAGAUAUGACGACAGACAGCAGCGCUUCCUUCACUUCUGACGAUUUGAUCGGUGCUUCCAUACUGGCCACCAAGCAUCACGUCACUGGUGUGACCUUAACAUCAGGUCAGAAGGUCACUGUGAUUGUCCUUCAUGUUGACAUCAUGUCCUCUUCUGUCCACGUGUCCACUCUUCCUCAUUUAGUAGGACAAAAGAAGACCUUAACUGAGGGAUCAAAAUGCACCGCGACAGUGCAGCAUGUAGACGGAGACUUUGCUGUCAUCUCUCUGGACAAUAAAGGACAUUUGACUGUGAUCCAAACAGCCGCCCACUUAAAUCAGAUCUUCUUGUCGGACUCAGAGAAGCUGAAAGUGGGAACGUCUUUGACUGUAAACAUUAUUGAACCCAGCUGUGAGGAACUGGAGGGGCUCCCCCUGGUGUUGUGGGAGUGUGCUGCACCCAAACGCCGCAGUUUGUCAGAAAGCGGAACAGGUUCUAAACAUUGCUUUGGCGACAUUGUGCGAGGUAAAGUGCGGUCAGUCAAACCGACGUACGUCAAAGUGAUGUUGGAGGACGGCACCACAGGCUGGGUGCAUGUGUCUCAGAUUGUGGAGACUGCAGAAAUCUGUUUGGGCUCCUUCCCCACAUCCACGCUGAAAGUGGGCAGUACGGUCACCGCCAGGGUCAUCGGAGGGCGAGAGGCCACCAGUCACAGAUUCCUGCCGUUCUCACAUCCAAGGUUUAUUUACACUUUUCCUGAGCUCAGUGUCCUUUCCAGCAAACUGGACAAAAGUGUGGAUUUCAAACAGACGACAACGAAAGAAAAACUGAGCAGCUACAAAGUCGGGGAAGAAAUCAUCUGCUUUAUCUCAAAGUUUAAUUCAGAGAAGAAAUCUUUGGAGGUCACCACCGAUCCGAGCGUGACGGGAACCGUCGAGCUGCUCUCCAUGAUCACCGACCCCAGAGAGGCCAAGCACCCAGAGAAGCUCUACAAACUGGGCCAAGCCAUGCGAGCCAAAGUGGUGGAAGUGGUCCCCAGGUCUCAACGCCUGGUCCUGUCACUCACUGGUGUUCACUUGUUGGAGAAAGGCAGUGUCACUUUGGGGAUGGUGACUAAGAUCCGGCCUCAUACGGGUCUCCUGGUCAAGUUAGCGUUUGGCGGCUUGGGGACUGUUGCCAUCACCGACCUGGCUGAUGCGUAUAAACCACACCCCCUGGAUGUGUACAAAAACGGUCAGCUGCUUAGGUGUUUCCUUUUGGGGAAAGAAGACAGCAAGUGGCAGCUGUCUCUGCGUCCCUCCAGGCUGAACCCGGAGGAAGCCAAGUCAGUAAAGGACCCGGAAGUUUUGUCUGUGGAUGAGCUGAAGGUGGGUCAGCUCAUCCGGGGCUUCAUAAAAUCUGUGGGAGAACAAGGCGUGUUCAUUAGGUUGUCUCGAUGCCUUGAAGGAAGAGCACAACUUCAUCUGUCCACCAAAUACUUUGUUCCAAAGUGCAGCGUUCUGUCUGAGUACCUGCCACCCAACACUCUGAUCACCGCCAAGAUUAUAAGUAUUGACAGAGGGGAGGGGUUAGUCAACCUGUCUCUGCUCCCAGAGGACACUGGGAAAUCAGACGUGCUUCCAGAAUCUCUGAAUCUGCCGCUGCGCCUGACUGGAGAGCUGAAAGAAAAACGCGACAGGAAACGCAAAAGCCAGAAGACAGAGUCCGAAGUCCCAAAGAAGAAGAAGAAAAAACUGAAGAAAAAGUCUGAGUACCGUGACAGCGGCGUGGAGGCGUACUUCAGGGAGGACAGAGAUGAAGAUGAAGAAGACAAAGAAGAACACAGACCAGAUCCGGGACAAACAAAGGCUGGCACGGUGGGUCCAUCCAGGCUGCAGGUGGCUGCAGGAUUCUCCUGGGACUUGGGUCUGAAUACCCUGAAACCUGCCACUGCAGUGCAGGAGGAGGAGUUCAGUGAUGAAGAGGAGCAACAGGGACGCACCAAGUCCCAGAGGAAGUCUCGCUGUGAGCUGGAGCUGGAGAAGAAGGUGGAGGAGAAGGCUCUGGUACAGCGAGAGGCGGAGCUGAUGGACCCGAACCUGAGGCCUCAGGACGCCGCCGCGUUUGAGCGCCUGCUGCUGGCUUCACCCAACAGCUCGCUGCUGUGGCUUCAGUACAUGGCUCACCAGCUGCAAGCCACGCAGAUCGAGCAGGCCCGCGCGGUGGCAGAGCGAGCUCUGAAGACCAUCUCCUUCAGAGAGGAGCAGGAGAAGCUGAACGUCUGGGUGGCCCUGAUGAACCUGGAGAACAUGUACGGAACCCAGGAGAGUCUCAAGAAGGUGUUUGAGCGGGCGCUGCAGUUCUGUGAUCCCAUGCCUGUCUACCAGCAGCUGGCUGACAUCUACGCCAAAUCCACCAAGCUCAAGGAGGCGGAGAAUCUCUAUAAGUCGAUGGUGAAGCGUUUCCGUCAGAAUAAAGCAGUGUGGCUGAGCUACGGAACCUUCCUGCUCCAGCGAGGCCAGAGUGACGCUGCCAGUGUUCUCCUGCAGAGGGCGCUAAAGAGUCUGCACGCCAAAGAAAGUGUGGACAUUAUUGCUAAAUUUGCUCAGUUGGAGUAUCAGUACAGUGACUCGGAGAAAGGUCGGACCAUGUUUGACAAAGUCCUGACGAGCUACCCGAAGCGUACCGACCUGUGGUCCGUCUUCAUCGACCUCACGGUCAAACACGGCUCACAGGAGGAAGUCAGGGCACUUUUUGAUCGUGCCAUCCAUCUGAGCGUUUCAGUGAAGAAGAUAAAGUUCUUCUUCAAGCGCUACCUGGAGUACGAGAAGAAGCACGGCAACGCGCAGAGUGUCCAGGCGGUCAAAGUGAAGGCCAUGGAGUUUGUGGAAGCUAAAGGAGUAGAGGCAGCUUCCUAAAAACACACAAAACCAGACUGUGUCCACUUGCCCCCUGCUGGACAAAGGUUUGUGUCUCCUGCAGAGAGGUUCCUCCUCCAAAUCCGGACCUAAGAACCUGGAACUCUUAUUGUGAAGCCGCGUUUGUUCAAACAACCAUUUCAACAAGGGUUUUUAAGGUUUGUUGUAUAAGGAUGAAUGUGAAGAAUGCAUUUUGUGAUAAUUUGGUCCAUUUAUAUCUGAAUGUUACUUUUUUUUUUUUGUUCUCUCACAGCAUAUUAGAGUUACAAACAAAUAAUGUGAAUUCAAAGUGCUGUGAUGCAACAUCUGGACAUCCAGUGUCCAAAUACUCCCCCCCCCCCCCUUUCUUUUUUCCUUUUACAGUAUUCACUGGAUUUAUGUUUAAUUGCAGCUUGUAUUCAUUUUUUUUUUUCCAUUUGAACAUGUUUUUCCAGAAAAAUUGUUAAUGUCCAAAUAUAUAUGGACCUAACUUUGUACAUUAGUGGAUUUAUAAAAUGUUCUUUGGAACUUUUUUUUUUUUUGACUUUUCAAUAAAUUUGGCACCAGUUUCAUUACUUGACAUUUUAUUUAAAAGCAACAAAUACAAAAUACCGACACAUAUGGACACUAGGGAUCCAACGUUUUUUCAACCUCAUUGUCGUCGUCCUGUAUCACAUUCUGAUGAGCUUUACAUCGAAAACAAUGAAAAUCAAUGUUAUUUUUUGUUUAUUUCAUCAAAAAAGUUGACCCAUGACAAACUUUGACAUUUUACUCUGUUGCAUUUGGGUGGAUUUCCAAAAACUACAACGCUGGUUGAAUAAUAAAAAAGGGAAAAAUCCCGAUGACUCAGCGAUACGAUCUGAUCGCGUCGGGAGUCUGAGACGUGCUCAGAGUCACUGUGCAGCCACAUUCAGACGGGUUUACAUAAGAACACAAACGUGAGUUCAUGGGUGAACUUCUUUAAAGAUGGUACAUAAGUGAGUUCACUUUAGUUACUUAUCCAUAAGAUCUCAAUGACAUAUGAUACAGGAAGUUGUUUCAGAAGUAUAAAAUUAAAAGGUUGUAUCUCAAACGGACACACGGGUACAACACAGAAAGGUGAGACGACUUAUCAUUCUCCGAAAAGGUUCCGGGACGCUCCUUGGUACUGAUGAUGUGGGUCUACUCUACAUUGCUGUGGUUGUGAUCCUGCUGGUCUUGGUUUUAACCUAAAUGCGGUUUGAUCCCUC